CUCUCCGACAGCGACUUUUCCUGUGGGCGCUGCAGCCUGGAGUCUAACAAUUAUUGCCUGUGCUCACAUCUGGAAGGAAGUGAGCGGCUCUUUCCACUGGCCGCCUGCACUGGGGGGGGCUGGCAGCCAGCUCCCGUCCCGCCCCAGCUGCAGAGGGCCCGGGGAGCACCAGAACGGGGCUGCUCCAGAGCCCGCGCCCGUGGACGGACAUGGGGGGACCCGGGAGCCCCAGAGCCGCAAGGCCCCUGCUGUGAAGGUGGCAGCACGCGGGGUGCACGUCGCCCUUCGGCCUGGCGAGAGCCCCCGUGUGCCACGAUGGAGACACACAAGCGGGAGAUGGAGCUGCUGAGCAACAGCAUGGCCGCCUACGCCCACAUCCGAGACAAUCCUGAGAGUUUUGGCCUCUAUUUUGUCCUGGGCGUCUGCUUCGGCCUGGUGUUAACCCUCUGCUUGCUGGUGAUCCGCAUCUCCUGCCAGCCGCACGCCCACCGCCUCCCUGCCAAGCCCCGGCGGAGCCUCCGGGACAUCAGCGAGGAAGACGAAGAGGAGGAGGAGGAGGAGGAGGAGGAGACGGUGGACAACGUGGCGGCAGAGUCCCCGCUGCCCAUCACCGAGAUCCCCCUGGAGAACCACAGCCCGGCAGAUGGCACCUUGCCUGUCAACGUCUUUGCCUCGGCGGAGGAACUAGAGCGGGCGCAACGGCUGGAGGAACGGGAGCGCAUCAUCCGGGAGAUCUGGCGCAACGGCCAGCCGGACAUCCUGGGUACAGGCACCGUGGGCAGAGUACACUACUACUGACUGCGGGCACGGGGCCAGGCUGCCCAGCUCCCUGAGCGAGACUGUGAUGGCAGCCCCCCAGGCACGAGAGCCCCCCCGGCACGUGCUGCUCUUGGGCACCCUUUCCAGGAGUGCCUGUGAGUCUGGAGAUGUUCCACAGCCCUUUGCGUAGCCCCUGGACACUGUGUCUGUGUGCGAGCUGGGCGGAGCUUGGCCCCCCCGAAAUGCCCCGUUAGCUGGUGCCAGCUGUGCAAGGCAUUUCUUACUGGCUGAGGGGAGCCAAGCUCUGCCGAGCAACAAGCUCCUUAAGGAGCUGCUACCGUAAACUGACUGCUCAGGACCCCGCUAAUGGCGCAGGAAGGGUCGCUCUCAUCGCUGGCGACAGGGAUCCCCCCACUUCCUGCAGGAGCUCCCUGUCCCCACCUAAUCAGGGACACCGCGCAUGCCCUGCCAGGCUGGCUUCCCACCCUCAGCAAACCGAGUGCAUGGCACGGCAGCAAGGCAAGCGCUGACUGCCCGGCAAGUCCAGGCCCUGGAGAGGCUCCUCCUGCUGGGGCAUGGAUGGACUGGGGCUGAGCCAAACCUGGCCACCCCUGUGGACGGACACUCCCAGGACUGGUCACCGUGGGGGGGCUUUGCCCCUUCCUCUGAAACACCUGGUACUGGCUGGUGUUGGAGGGACAAUACCAGACUAGGGGGUUCCCCCCCCCGGUCCAGCCCCCCAUGUAGUGCAGAGUGCUGGGUAAGGGAGAGCUUAAAGGCGAGGGAUAGCGCAAUUGUUAUUGGUCUGUUAGCAGUAGUUCCUGGGGUGUGCGUGUCACUGAGUGUGGGGAGUCAGGGCCCUGCACACCCCCCCCCCACUUCCUGCGAUUCACUGGGACUCUUAGCCAGCCAGUAAAACAGGUUUAUUAGUCGACAGGAACACAGUCUAAAACAGAGCUUGUAGGUACAGACAACAGGAACCCCUCCCGCCCCGGUCAGGUCCAUCUUGGGGUGUGGGUUCUGGGCCUCCCCCCAUCUCCCCAGCUAGCUCCAAACUGAAACCCCCUCCAGCUGGCUCACCCAGCCACACACCCCGGCUCCUCUGCCAGCCUUUGUCCAGCUUCCCGGGCAGAAGGUAUCACCUGGCCCCAACCCACUCCUGGGCUCAGAUUAUGAGGGGCAGCUGCCAUCCUUUAUGUGCUGGCUGUCCCGUAUCAUCCCUCAGUGAAGUCACACCCUUAUUUCCCAUCCCCAUCUAGCAUCAACGCAGACAGUAAACUAGUAAAACUCCCAUGCAACAUGACCAGGUUAACACUCCCUACUCCAUCACGGCUCGGUGCAGCUGCCCAGCCCUGCCCAUGGCUCAGGAGGCAGGCACGGGGAUGGGCUGCCCACUGGCUGUGCAGUGACUGGGUUUGCCUUCCCGUGCCCCAGGGUGGUGCUGCAGGGGGCCCAGGGCAGCAUGGUCCUGCAUAGCCACGCAGGAAGGGCUCUGUGCCCAUGGGGCGCUCCCAGCCCUUGCAGGAGAAGGGAACCCUGCUGACCCCGGGGGCAUGUGGCUGUGAUGUGACUGGACCCCUUUCCUGGCACUGACAGUGCCUGGCCCAGCAGUCUAGCCUAUUGCCAGGCCCUCAGGCAGACAAGCCCCAGAGCUCAUGGGGCUGAGCCGCCAAGCCGCCCAGGGCACGAGCAGCUCCUCUUGGCCACUGGCUCAGCAUGACCUCCUGAGGGUGGCUGGGGGCGUGAAAGGAGCCAGGGGCCCAGCAGCUGCAGGGAGGGGGGGUGAUGAGCUGAUGUUGGUGACUGUGUCUAGCUCUGGUGCAUAGGAAGGGAGAGAGGGGCAGGGGCUUGGGACUGUGACUCUCACACUCUGGGCACCCCAUUUGUGCCAGGCCCUGGGGAUGCAGCUGGCCUUUCCUGGGCCAGCGACGGGGCCGGGGUUGCUGGAGGCAGAGGAAGCUGCCGUGUGUCCCUGGCACAGGAGUUUCCCAUGCCCCAGGGGCUCUGAGACCAACUCCAGCUGGGCCAUCACAGCCCUGCCAAGCUCCCGCCUCCCCACAUCUGCCUGUAGAGAGACAUGCAGCCCUCCCCCAGCUUCACCCCCAGGGCAGCAGGGAGCCUCUCUCCUUCCCCCCAACCCCCAGCCAGCAGUGGCUGGGAGGAGCAAGGGCCAGGGCAUGGUGUUUCUCUUGGACACUAGGGUGGCACCAAGCGGUGCAGGGACAUUGCUGCCCCUUGAGCAGUUGGUACGAUUCCUUCCGCCCACCCUGUAGCAGCUCCUGGAAGGGAAGUCAUGCCCACGCUGCCCCACCCACUCCAGGUUGGAGCCUGGCCCCCAGUCAGCCCCUUGGCAGCUCCCUAGGGUGGGUGAGGUCAGUCACCAGUGCUUCCCUGGGCAGCAGGGGCACAGCUCGCCGGUGGGACUGUGAGGCCCACACUGCCUUUCCAGCCAGCUUGGUGGGUGCCUGGCCAGCCUGCGCCCAGAGUACGGGGUGCAUAGGGGGUUAGACCAAGCCUGCCCUCUCCCUUGGGGGUUUGCAAAGUACGUUAAUUGUGGCGACAUGGUAAGGGCGUUUGGCCAUCUCUGCCGGGGCCAGGGGCACUGGGGUGUGCCCCCAGGAGCAAGGGGCAGCCCUACAGCAGGAUUUUCUGCAUACAGCGCCUGGCUCUGGCCAAACGAGGGUCUCGCUGGCAGAGGGCCCGUCUCUAGAGCACCCAUGGGGCAGCGUGGGUCGUGCAAGGUAGGCAGAGCUCGCUGUUACCAGGUCAGAGCCCUCUGGCCCUGAAAUGUGCUUUUAUAAACAGCAUGGAACCCUUCCCGAGGCAGCAGCCUGGUCUCUUGCAGCCCCCAAGGCUCGCCCCCCUCCGGCCCCUGGCUGCUCUCCUCUGGGCAGGGGCCCAGCCCGGAGCUCAGCUCUACCUGCUGGGAGCAGCCUGUUCCUGUGAGCAGGCCAGAAGAGUGCAGGGAGCCCUGCGCUCCAGAGACACGUUCUAGCCCCCGCGGCCUCUCCAUGCCUGUGCUGCCCCCACCCAGGCUCCACCCAACGCAGAAUCACUGCGGGGCAGCCACCAGGGGCUGGCAGAGGGAGCCCUGGUGGAGCACGUGCAGCACACUGGAGACCUGGGUGACGAUGAGGUGGAUCCCAGCAAGGCCUCCAGCCCUGUCCCUGCACCCCAGUUGCUGUGCAGCUCAGGUCAACAUCACCCCUCUCUGCACCUCAGUUUCCCUGGCUGCAGCCUGGGGGUGAGAACCCCUUUCAGUGGCCACCAGGGCAGUAGGUGCAAGGAGUAGUGAUGGUCCAGGCAUUAGAGCUUGUGCCCUUGGGGGGCAGAUGCCCCAGGGCACCUAGGAGCCCCAGCCCAGCAGAUCCGGGCUGUGGAGCUGCUCCUGCCCCCACCCCCAUCACCUUGUUCCCAAGUCCGAGCCUCCCCCACCACUGCUGUCUGGAGAAACCUUCCCAGGCUCCUUCCCCUCCCCUGGCCCCGGCAUUCCUGCUAAAAUUAGCUGCUGUCCAUUUCCGGCAGCAUCUGACCUGCCCCAUCAGUCACUCGCUGCUUCCUGCAUUUGGGGGGCAGGGGGGUGCUCCUGGUGGUUCUGGGCUGGCUGCCAGCAGGGUAGGCCAGCCCACUGUGGUUAGUCCAGUCAGCCACAAGCCAGGACCAUGGGGUGGCUCCCAGCCCGCUGGGGUUUGGGUUGCUUUCAAAGUCCAUGGCAAGUUACACCCCCCCUCCCCAGCCUCGUGAGCCAGGGCUGCCCUUCGCUCUGCGCCCCAGCCCGCUCUGCGGUUCGUUCACUGCCUUGUAUAAAUGCCCAGGGCACGCGGGGAUGUGCUUGCUGGAGCUGGCAAGGUGCCCCCCCGGGCCGCCCCCCCUUAGCCCCUCGGCCAGCAUGAAGGAGCCACCCCAUGGCUCUCACUUCCAGGAGCUGGCACUGAUCCUGUGGCAGCCCAGAGCCACCUGCCUACGAUGGUGCAGUGCCACACGGCCCCAAGGGGCCAACCACUCAGCCUGCUGCAUGGGAACAACUGGCUGCGGGCAGUGAAGGGCUAGGGCCCAGCCCAGCCUUAGGUGGGCCGAACAGCAGGAGCUGUGCUGAGCCCGGUCCAGCCCAGAGCUCCCCAUACCAGGCCCCAGCUUCGCUGCAUGCUCCUGGGACAGCCCUCAAACAGCAUUUCGGCAGCAGCCCCCCGCCUUUGAGUGUGUGGGAGAAGAACGAGACCUUCCCCUGCCUGAGGACACAGCCCCCCUCCGUCCCAGCCCACUGUACAGAAAUAGCUCAUUCCCACCAGGGCCCAGCCCCCUCCCCCCCCACAGCCAGCUGUAACAGGACCCAGAUGUUUUCCAGAUGUGCCCUGCCGGCCCCAGGGCGAGCAGGCUGCCAAGAAUGCAAAGAGGCUUGUGUCGACCUGCACCGAGCUGAUAAACAAGGGCAGGGGGCUGGGUGCCAGGUGGGGCCCCCCCAGGAGUGAAGCCUCAGGGGGGCAGGGGUACCAGGCUGACAGCAAGGAGGAGAUGGGUUCUGCCAAGCCAGGACCCAGGAAGCAGCUUCCUGGGGAGGCUGCCGUGGAAAGGAGGGAGGUGGAAGGGAUGCCUGGAGCCUUUGUGGCAGAUCCAAAGGAGCAGAUGCGACUGCCCAGCCAGGAGGGGCUGGCGGGAGCCGGGAAAGCACUAGGACACAGACUGCUCUUUAACCAGGCAAAGAAAACCCAAACUGGCCUCGCCUGGGUAUUUCUCACCUCCCCCCCGGACUGAGAAAUACAUGGCCUGGAGCUCACCUGACAAGCUGGCCGGCAGCGAGCUCCUGGCUUUCAGGCUGACCCCUCUCCCCAGCACUUUGCCUGUGGCUGGACUGUUCCAAAUCAGCGUGUCAGGGACCAGCUCUCCCCUCAAGUUUGUACAGCACCUUGCGCGUCACAGAUGCUGUUGACACUACAGCAGCCAGGCAGCGGCUAAGAUUUGUAUAAAAAUAGUUUAUUAAAAUUUUACACAUA